AUGUCACAUUGGUAUUUAAAUAGAAAAUUUGGCAUUGUUAUAGAUGCAGGAAGUUCAGGAUCAAGGAUUCAAAUAUAUUCUUGGAAAGAUCAUAGUAUUGUUAGACAGGGCAAAGAUGAGAAAGAUCUUCAUGUAUUGCCUACAGUUGAACGUGCUGACGAGCAUGGCGUAAAUUGGCAACUUAAAGUAGAACCAGGUAUAUCUUCAUUUGCAAAUGAACCAACUGAAGUAGGACCAUUGCAUUUAAAACCUUUAUUACAAUUCGCAGACAAAGUCAUACCUACAAAUGAAAUCCAUCAAACGCCUAUAUAUUUACUGGCUACUGCUGGAAUGCGACUAUUGCUGCCAUCUCAACAACAAGCCAUACUUCAAAAUGCCUGUGAUUAUAUCCAAUUUAAUUAUCGAUUUAAAAUUAAUAAAUGUUCGGAUCAUGUUCAAGUCAUAACUGGCGAAACGGAAGGAAUAUACGGUUGGAUUGCUGUAAAUUACUUGAUGAAUGGAUUCGUUAAUGAUGAUGGUAAAUCACUUAUUGCCGACGGAAAAAAAAAUUCGGAUCAAACAUCUACAUUUGGAUUUUUAGACAUGGGUGGGGCUAGCACACAGAUUGCAUUUGAGCCAAAUAAAAUUGAAGCGAAAAAACAUGCCAAUGAUUUGACUAAAGUCACACUGUAUACUUUGGACGGAAAUAGAUUGGACUAUAAUGUAUUUGUCACAACAUUUUUAGGCUUUGGAACUAAUGAAGCACGUCGUAGAUACAUAGAGAGUCGAAUUAAAAAAUAUACCUCUACACAUGAACAAAUAGUCAAUCCUGACACUGCUAGAGAACAACCAACCAUUCUAUUAAAAGAUCCUUGUUUGCCUGUAGAUCUUUUACUUACCGAUAGGACAUUACCCCCUCCAUAUUAUACUCUACAAGGAACAGGAGAUUUCAAUCUUUGUUUAAAAGACACUUAUGAAUUAUUAAAUAAAUACGCUCCCUGUUUAGACAAUCCCUGUUUAUUUAAUGGUGUUCACACACCGAAAAUAGAUUUUUCGGUUAAUAAGUUCAUUGGAAUUUCUGAAUAUUGGUAUUCAUCUCACGAUAUUUAUGGUUUGGGUGGGAUGUGGAAUUUUCCAGAAUUUGAAAAAAAAGCUCUUGACUAUUGUGCUAGAAAUUGGGAAAAUAUUGUUGAAACAUAUUAUCUUAAAGGUGAAACGGCAAAUCCUUCAAUAGAUUUGACAAGAUUGGAACUGCAAUGUUUUAAAUCAGCAUGGUUGGUAAAUAUAUUGCACGAGGGAAUUGGUGUUCCGAGAAUGAUUGAUUCGGGUGGAUUGCCUGAAAAUAAUAAUUUAUUAGAAAAAGUUAGACAUAAAUCACCUUUCCAAAGUAUAAAUAGCAUUAAUAAUAUAGCAGUGAGCUGGACUCUUGGUAAAAUGGUUUUAGAAGCUUCGACGUCAAUAAUAUCGUCACAAGUCUUGCCACCGCCGCCGCCGCCACCAUCAUCUUAUUCACGAGCUCGUGGAUUAUUUGGCCAUUAUAAUUUUAUGGUUGAAUGGAUUAUUGGGGUCACAAUUUUGCUUGUAAUUUUAUUAAUGAUUUGGUGGUUAUGUUUGCGUAGUAAGAAUAUAAUUGGAAAAGGAAUAAAAAUUAGUAUAGCAUUUCUUUAUUCAUGUAUUUAUUCGUUGUUUAAUAGGAGCGGUAAAGGUAAAGAAGAACCGGAUUAUAGACGGUUAGAAAGUGGUAGUGGUGGUGGACAAUAUAGCACUCUUUGGGAAAAAAUUUUAGGGAUGAAGUAA